GGUUUCCUAUGCCAUGAUACUCAGGGUGAUUAUAAAAGUACAGACUCCAGCUUAUAGUAGAGGUGAGCCGUCCAUAAUGUGAUGAAAUCUAUAAAUUAUCCCCAAUUCCAUCAUCAUCUUCAUCUUCAGGGUACAGCUUAUCAAAAAGAUUCGCCAGAUUCACCCUGGACGAAGGAAGCAUGCGUCGUUGUUCCUCAAGGGAUAGAUCAUCUCCCGAAGAGCUGUCGCUACUCCACGCUGGAUCAACCUCUUGGCUCGGUUCUUUUCCAGAUGUGCGACUGUUGUUUCGGCGUAGAGUGGCAAAAGGGGAAGGCAGUCCAGGAAAAGACUGCGUGCGCAGCCUUUCCAAAAACGAUCCAGAACGCGGUAAGCCUGAGUGCCGUGACCUUCCGGUUGAAGUCUCCGCUUCAGGUGCGCGUUGUUCUGAGGUCGUCGACUUUUCUAGCGCAUGAGCAUCAGCAGCCCAUUUCCGAUGCGUUACUGAAGAACGUAGUUGGUGACCGGGGGCGUCGCUAUUCGUCACAGCUGUAUUGGAAGUUGACGACACAUAGCUUCGCGUGAAGAGUCGUUGGGCAUCUUCUGUGUCAAUAUCGGACAAAGGAUUUUCGAGAUCGUAUAGGUGUGCAUGCUGAAGUGUGGGAUUAGGAUUGAUCAACGUCGGAAGGGAUUGGUCAUUCGACAAGGACGAGUCCUUAUGUUUGGUCUGUUGGACUUUGCGAGUAGCUUGUCGCCCUAGAAAGAUUUGCCGCUCCAACCGUAACCUAUUCUCGAUCAUAUGUAG